AUGACCAACCGUUCACUGGUGAAUCGGUAUGAAAUUCAUUUGCCCCCCCACACAUCUGACUUACAUAUACUUGAGCCUUGGCGCAUGGAAUACAGUGCGACUAUUCGACACAAGGGCAUGAAAACCCUGAUCUACACUUUCACUUGGCUGAUGAGCCCCUUUCAGGAAGAUCCUGAAGUUGACAUCCAGCAUCUCGAUAUAACUUCUUCUGACUCAGUUUUCGCAAUUACCUCUGCUGGGGAUAACGUCCUCCACUAUGCAAUUGCUUCCUCGCCUCGAAAUUUGCAUUGCGUCGAUAUGAACCCUUGUCAAGGUCACCUUCUGGAGUUGAAAUUAGCUGCAAUAUCAAGCCUUGAAUACUCUGACUUUUUUGCGCUGUUCGGUCGCGGAUAUCAUCCCCGCUUCCGCGAUCUGUUGGACAGUAAACUCAAAGAUCGCCUUUCAAUUCACGCUUAUGAAUUCUGGAAAGCCAAUGCAUCCGCAUUUUCGUCAUCAUCCUUUUAUGACUGGGGAUAUAGUGGAAGAGCUUUACGGUUUGUCAGACUUUUCUUCAAGCUUACGGGAGUCUACGGUGACGUUGAACGUUUGUGCGAUUGUGAAUCAUUGGAGGAACAGACCAGCAUGUGGCAAUCAAAACUACGCUCGGUGUGGUUAAACCCUCUCGUGGUAGCUUUGUUACGCAAUCCUAUUUUUUGUUGGAAUGCGUUGGGAGUUCCGUUGAACCAACGGAGAAUGUUACUUGAUGAAGGUGGCGUGUACCAAUACAUCUGUGAUACUUUGGAUCCAAUUCUAUCAACAUACCUGCUAAAAACGCAGAACUAUUUUUAUCUGCUUGCACUCCUCGGGCAUUACACUCCUGAAUGUUGUCCGUCCUACCUCAGUCGCGAGGGUUUUGAUAAGUUAAAGGCCAAGGAUUGUGAAAGUCUCAACGCGUUUCGCAUCUACACCGAAACAAUUCUUGACGCUCUUCAUGAGUUACCUUCAUCAUCGCUCACUCGUGUGCUACUCAUGGAUCAUAUGGAUUGGUAUAAUCCCGGCUCGAAUGAACUCAAAAACGAAGCCAUUGAGCUUUCAAGAGUACUUGCACCAAGGGGCCUUGUAUUUUGGCGAUCUGCAUCCAGAUAUCCCUGGUACAAUCAAGUUUUCACCCUGAAUGGAUUUCAAGUUAAGCCAUUGAAUAUACGGCAGCCCGGAACGGCAAUUCCUCUCGACAGAGUCAACAUGUAUGCAUCCUUUUGGCAGGCGGAAAAGAUUUAG